UGGAAGAAUACAUGUAAAAGAAAAUGUUUUAAAGGUACUCAAAACUUGACUUACAGAAAACAAAUCAUCUUUGAAUGUUUUAAGAAUGGCAAUACAUUACCUUUUAUUUGUAAAAAGAGUGAAAAGAAUGUUAUAAAAGUUUCCAAAAGAGACCGGAGUAUGUUAAUAGUGCUUGCAAUGAUGCUUGUGGUAGGUAGGUUUGUUAAAGCAGAGGCUGCUUCAUGUUUGUUAAAGCAAAGGCUGCUUCAUGCUUCGUUUCUCUAUUAGUAGUGGCACUGUAGUAUAUAUAUAUACAGCUUUGGAUGGCCUUUCAAUUUCAUCAGCUACUUCUCAUUCCCCUACUUGUUCUUCAGUAGCAAAAGCCAUGGCUCAGGUUCGCCAGGUUUUGUUUGUUUCUCUUUGCUCAUUUCUUUUGUUUUGCUUUACCUUACUUAAUUGAAUCUGAGUUCAAGGUUUUGUUUCACAGUUUCUGUUCACUUGCCGCGUAGAAGUAAACAAUGAUGUGUCCUUUUUCUCCAUGCCUCAGCCUCAACAUCUUGCAGAGGACGCGCCUCCUGUGGCUACCAAUCAACUUAUGCAUCUCCCCUUGAGUUCUAUACCAGACAGUAAAGUAUAUAUUAAUUCUAUCAGAGGAUUUGUUUGUUUUAUAUAUCAGCGGCUUGUAAAUGGAAGUAUCAAGCAUGUGCAAAUGAUAUGUAAACCUAGUACUCAAGAAUCCUCAAACUUACCAAGAAUGAACACUUCAAGAAUGAACACUACAAGGAUUCGUAUGCACAGCUAUUAUGGGUAUGAUGAGGUCAAUGAUCAGUUGAAGGUUUUGUCGAUGACUUGGCGAAGCGGAAGGAAUUUUGAUGAUCAUCAAGUUCUAAAUUUUGGACCUGGCAACGCAUGGAGAACUAUCCCUUGUAGCGUGCCCCAUUUUGCACGAAAAAAAGGGAUAUGCAUCAGUAGUAUUUUGUAUUAUCCAGCUAUCGAUAAGUCUACCGGUGAACAUAUGAUAGUUUCCUUUGACGUGAGAUCUGAAGUGUUCAGCGCUCUUCCAGCCAUCAUGGAAACAAUGAUUGAAGCAUUGGAGCUUGGGACUUUUGUAGAUUACAACGGUAUAUUAGGUAUACUGCAGUCUGAUAUCACCCUUCAUGUUGAUAAUACAAGUAAAAGUUUUACGCUGUGGUAUCUAGAUCACGAAACACAGGCAUGGGCUCAUCAUAUAUACGAGUUUCCUGCUUCAUUUGAGGAUACGAUUGGAGAAGCCUCGUUAUUCAUUAGUGGAAUGACUCGAACAAAUGAAGUUGUGUUUUCGUCUUACUAUCCUUCCCACCCGUUUCACCUUUUCUACUACAACAUUGUUACAAAUACUUUCCGAAGAGUUGAAAUACAAGGAAUGGAGGCGUAUGAGUACCUUAGCACCUUUCUAAACUAAGUCGACGGUCUGAAGCUUAUGCAAUUGCUUAGGUACUUCAAAACUUCAGAUUUCGUUUGGCUCAAUCAUAUCAUCAUCAUCAUCACACGAUCUUAUUGGAUGGCUGUUUUCUGUGUGG